GCCACACGCACGCACGCUUUUUACACACUCUGGCACUCGCUUUCAACACGCAGGAAAGUUUAGGGUUGAAAUAAGCCUUUUAAACUCAAAGCAUUGACUUCACUUUUUAUCAACAUUGAAAACAUUUAUUUUAUUUGAAAAGCCAAUCAAAGUUAGCUGUGUGUCUUUCACUUCAAUGUGAUGUACAUAACUGUUAUUUUCUUCUCCACAAGAUAGCGAUAUGCUUCAUCCCAUGUUUUACAAACCUACACAAUUAUGUCAAACUAACUUUCAACUUUUCUUUGAGGUCAGUUAGACAUGGAAUUUUACCCUCUGGGCCAAACCAAACUCCUGGACUAUUUCUCUUCUGUAGAGACUCAAAUAUAGUAUUGUGUUAUUUUACUCAAUGACAGUGGAGACUGGAGUUACAGCCAACACACACACACAAACUGUCCAGCUCCUGUCCAGCUGGUGUAAGUUUGUGUGUGUGUGUGCGUGCGUGCGUGUUUGCGUGCGUGCGUGCUUACAAGAAAGUGUGUGUUCUGAGCCAGUGGGGAAAAGACUGCAGAUUUUAUUUCCCUGGAAUACAAACCUGCUGGCCCCUCAAACUUGGCAUUCCCAAAAGGAAUCUUUAGGUAAGCUUUUGAGGGAUGGAUAGAGCCAUCCAACUGGUCGAGGAAAGUUGGAGGCAACUUCAGUGUUCUUCUGACAAAUCUUUAUCCCUCAUGCUGUAAAUCAGCUCUAGAUCAUCAUCCACUUCAGCCUCCAUUCUGAAGGUUAUAUUUAUUAAUAGUUCUAUUGAUGGGGUUUAGUAGCUCUAAUCAACAGUAUGAUUGAGUGAUCCCGUUUAAAUCCACUCUCAACCUCUAUCUUUUCUUUACUCAAGCAAGUACUUCUUAUUGUCAGUAUGGAUUAUGGUAAGUGACAAAGCCAUUGUAUCAUUCUACCUGUGAUAAGAUGAUGGAUGGGUUUACACCAGCACUCCAGAUUUCAUCUCUUUAGUCUGCUGUAAACACUGUGUCCUGUGGUAAAUCAGUAUGGAUUAUGUAUGUUGCUAUGGGAAACUCACUGCCUGACUUACACUCACAGCCUCUCUUCAUUUUAGCAGUAAGGUGAGAAAACACAUGGAUGUCCAAAACACUGGGACCCCUUGGUGCGCGCCCAUCAAGGUGAAGCAUGGCGACGUGAGUUGUCGGAGUCCUGGGGGGCAGUAUUAUAAGAACGUGAUGGGAUCGCGCUGUAAGAUCCGCUGUAAGAGGGGUUACGAGAUGCAGCAGGGACACCCAGAGGUGGUGUGUAUGGCCAGCAAACACUGGUCAGGAAACUACGCCUGCAGGGAGAUCCGGUGUCCUAAGCUACAGAUGCCUGCUAAUGGUGGCUAUAAGUGUUCAGAUGGAUCCUACUUUAACUCCCGCUGUGAGUUCUUCUGCUCCCUUGGAUACACUCUGAAGGGGUCCAAGACUGUCACCUGCCAGUACCACAAGACCUGGACCUCAGGGGAGAGUGCCUGCAUAGAUGUGGAUGCCCCAGUAAUAAAGUGUCCUAACCUGAAGGACAAGAUGGCAGAGCCUGGCAAGCUCACUGCCAGGGUUACCUGGGACACACCGGAGGGCAAGGACACGGCCGAUGGCAUCCUCACUGAUGUGAUCCUGAAAGGGAAGCCUCCUGGACACUUCCCCGAGGGGCUCCAUAAGAUGUCCUACACCGUCUAUGACCGCGCCGGGAACAAAGGCAGUUGCCGCUUCUCUGUCAGAGUACGAGUGCGUCGCUGCAGCCCCAUCACCCCUCCAGAAAAUGGCUAUAUGAAGUGUGACAGUGAUGGAGAUAACUACGGAGCCACCUGUGAUUUCAAAUGUACAGGAGGGUAUGAACUCCAGGGCAGUGCUGCCAGGGUGUGCCAGUAUGGACUCACCUGGUCAGGCACGGAAACCAACUGUGCAGCUAUGAACAUCAACGUGGGGGUGCGUACAGCCUCAGGUCUGCUGGACCAGUUCUAUGAGAAACGACGCCUCCUCAUCAUUUCUGCUCCCACAGCUGCCAAUCAUUACUACAGGUUCCAAAUGACUAAUCUACAGCAUGCCCAGUGUGGUCUGGAUCUCAGGCAUGUGACGGUGAUUGAGCUGGUCGGGAUUUACCCGGCACAGAUCGGCCGUAUCAGCCACAGACUCAUCCCCCCAGGGCUGGCUCUACAACUCCGGUUACUGCUCCAGAUCUCCCAUAAUAACUUCAACAUGGUGAUGAUUGACAAGCAGGGGAUGGACAAGGAGCGCUACACAUAUCCCAUCACCUCAGCCCAGAUCUUCACCACCAUUGACACCUGGCAGGGACGCAUGGAUGAGAUGGUGCUGCAGCAGGAGGCAGGCCACACCUGCCAGUAGUACAACGCCUCAACAACACCCCUCACUAACACCCCCACCCCAACACCAUCUCCCCAAAAAAGCCCACCAUUCCCAAUUGUACUCCUCAACGCACCCUAUUUCCUUCACCCUAUGGACAGUCCUUCUCACCCCCUCAAUAUCCCUCCAAGUCAAUAAUUAAACCCUACCGUUGCUUAAUAUUACUUCCUGAACCCAACUCCCAUCCUCCAGUUCCCCAUAGCAGACCACAGCUAGUUAACGUAUCCAUCAAUAAGUCAUUGAACCCUCUAUUUCCCACCAAUGUGAUGUCUUUCAGUUGAAGUGCCAUUCUAAUUGUAAGAAGACAGGGGGUUCAAUAGUCACUACUAAGUAUGAAUCAUUAGUAUCGGAAUGUCUGAUUGGAGUUUGGAGCUGUGGAGCAUUGGGACCAGGCUAAUUAGAAUGGAAAUAUAACUCACUUUCAUCACUGCAUCCUACAGCAGUUAGAGGUCCUGGGCAGAGUGGGUCAUCACAAUCAUAUUGAUUCUUGUACUCGUCAGUCUUGUUUUUUGUUUGUUUUUUAAAGCUUGGACACAUUUUACUAUUAUUAUGAUGUUUUGUAUAAUAACUAUUUUCUUUUUUUUUAAGAUAUGAAACUGGAAAAAUCCUUUAGCUGUUUUAUAUUUAUGUUUCUCAAUUCUGGUAGCAGUGUUUUAAUUAGGACAUUAAUAAUAAGCACUCGGGAAUGUGUGUGUGUGUGUGAUGUGACAGCCAGUGAUGCUGGUCCAUCAGUACACUGCUGUUCGUUCCCUUUGAUUUCACACAACCAUGAUUAAAUAGCCCUCUUAAAAAGA